UCGCUGUGCAGUGGAAGUGCUUGGUCUCCUGAAUCAGAACCCGCAGAAAUUUCGCGAUAUUCGAACGGAAAUCCGAGUCGCCUGGUCGUGCCAACACGCGAAAUAGACCACGAAAGUGUCGAAAACUCGUAGUAGACAAAGCAGCGCUCCAAUUUAACUAAAGCGUGUAACGUGCCGCAAGAAGCCGCAUUUCGCAAGGUUUGCAAGCACAAGCUCUCGUCGCUCUUCAAAUGGCCGAUAGUAAAAACGAGGAUUUGGCGACCGCUAUCCUUAAGCGCAAGGAUCGUCCAAAUCGUCUGAUUGUCGAUGAAGCCGCCAACGAUGAUAAUUCCGUGAUCUCGCUGUCACAGGCCAAGAUGGACGAGCUGGAGUUGUUCCGGGGUGAUACGGUCCUGCUAAAAGGCAAGCGGCGCAAGGAAACCGUCUGCAUUGUGCUGUCGGACGAAAAUUGUCCGGACGAGAAGAUUCGCAUGAACCGUGUGGUGCGUAACAAUCUGCGCGUGUGGCUCGGUGACGUGGUGUCUAUUCAGUCCUGCCCGGACGUCAAAUACGGCAAACGAGUCCACAUUCUGCCAAUCGAUGACACAGUCGAGGGACUGACCGGCAACAUGUUUGACGUCUAUCUGAAGCCUUACUUCCUCGAGGCGUACCGACCGAUCCACAAAGAUGACACGUUCAUUGUACGCGGUGGCAUGCGAGCGGUUGAGUUCAAGGUGGUCGGAGCGGAUCCGGAACCGUACUGUAUCGUGGCACCGGAGACGGUGAUUCAUUGUGAUGGCAGUCCGAUCAAACGCGAGGAAGAGGAGGAAACGUUAAACGCCGUCGGGUACGACGAUAUUGGUGGUUGUCGCAAGCAGCUGGCGCAAAUCAAGGAGAUGGUGGAGCUGCCACUGCGUCAUCCCUCGCUCUUCAAGGCAAUCGGUGUGAAGCCACCACGCGGUAUCCUGAUGUAUGGACCGCCCGGUACUGGUAAAACGCUGAUCGCCCGCGCCGUCGCUAACGAGACCGGAGCGUUCUUCUUCCUCAUCAACGGACCGGAAAUCAUGUCCAAGUUGGCUGGCGAAUCGGAAUCGAACCUGCGGAAGGCGUUCGAGGAGGCCGAGAAGAACUCGCCGGCCAUCAUCUUUAUCGAUGAGAUCGAUGCGAUCGCACCGAAGCGUGAGAAGACGCACGGUGAGGUCGAGCGGCGCAUUGUAUCGCAGCUGCUGACGCUGAUGGAUGGCAUGAAAAAGAGCUCGCACGUGAUCGUGAUGGCGGCUACCAAUCGCCCCAACUCCAUCGAUCCGGCAUUGCGUCGCUUCGGGCGAUUCGAUCGGGAGAUUGAUAUUGGCAUUCCUGACGCCACGGGACGCCUGGAAGUACUGCGUAUCCACACGAAAAACAUGAAGCUGGCCGAUGAUGUCGAUCUCGAGCAGAUUGCAGCCGAAUCGCAUGGACACGUUGGUGCCGAUCUUGCAUCGCUCUGCUCCGAGGCCGCUCUGCAGCAGAUCCGUGAGAAGAUGGACUUGAUCGAUUUGGAGGAUGAUCAGAUCGAUGCGGAGGUGCUGAACUCUUUGGCGGUCUCGAUGGAGAACUUCCGUUACGCGAUGACGAAAUCCAGCCCCUCGGCACUGCGCGAAACCGUAGUCGAGGUACCAAACACGACCUGGACCGAUAUCGGUGGCUUGGAGAAUGUGAAGCGCGAGCUGCAGGAGCUGGUGCAGUACCCGGUCGAGCAUCCGGACAAGUUCCUGAAGUUCGGCAUGCAGCCAUCGCGCGGUGUGCUGUUCUACGGACCGCCCGGUUGCGGUAAGACGCUGCUGGCCAAGGCUAUCGCCAACGAGUGCCAGGCGAACUUCAUCUCUGUGAAGGGUCCGGAAUUGUUGACCAUGUGGUUCGGUGAGUCCGAAGCAAAUGUGCGCGACAUCUUCGACAAGGCCCGCUCCGCCUCGCCCUGUGUGCUGUUCUUUGACGAGCUCGACAGCAUUGCCAAGUCGCGAGGUGGCAAUGUGGGUGAUGCUGGUGGUGCCGCCGAUCGUGUGAUCAACCAAAUUCUGACUGAGAUGGAUGGUAUGGGCGCGAAGAAGAACGUGUUCAUCAUCGGCGCUACCAACCGGCCCGACAUCAUCGACCCCGCCAUACUGCGUCCUGGGCGUCUCGAUCAGUUGAUCUACAUUCCGUUGCCGGACGACAAAUCGCGCGAAGCUAUUCUCAAGGCGAACCUGCGCAAGAGUCCGGUCGCCGAGGACGUCGAUCUCAACUACGUGGCCAAGGUGACUCAGGGUUUCUCGGGUGCCGAUUUGACGGAAAUUUGCCAACGGGCCUGUAAGCUGGCGAUUCGGCAGGCGAUUGAAUCGGAAAUUCGGCGCGAACGUGACCGUGCCGCCAACCAGAGCUCGGCGAUGGAUAUGGACGAGGAGGAUCCAGUUCCAGAGAUUACACGCGAUCACUUUGAGGAAGCGAUGAAGUUCGCUCGUCGGUCAGUGUCCGACAACGAUAUCCGCAAGUACGAAAUGUUCGCCCAGACGCUUCAACAGUCACGCGGUUUCGGUACCAACUUCCGAUUCCCGUCGGGUCAGGGAAGUUCCAGCACACAGGGUCAGGGAUCUUCAGGUGGUCAGCCGGCAAGCAAUAACCCGGGAGACAACGGAGAUGACGACCUCUACAGUUAGAUUUACUUUCCGGUCGGAUCGGAUCGGCUGUGUGUAGCAGUGGCGCACCAGGAGAUUUUUCAUUUAAUCCCUCCCCCUCCCCCCCCCCCCCCCCGUCCUCAACUUCUCUCUCCCCCGGUACUUCUCCUCUCGCAUAUUCCUCUAUCUCUCUCUUCAUUCUCCAUAUCCCAUAAUUUUAUCCUGUUACUGGCUGGGUAAAAGGGUGUUUUUGGUUCUCAUUCAAACGUUCUAUGAGCAGAAGUUAUUUUAUGAUUAUUGUUUCAAAAUCAUUCUAUUUCUUGAGCGACGCUUCGCACAGAAACACGCUCACACAACCCCGUCUGCUAACUGGGAGCUCAAUUGUCUUCUUUUUGAGUCAGUAGAAACGCGCAUUCGGUCAGAUUUGGUUUGAUGAUCGUAUAGGUUGUUAGUGAGUGUACAGCAGAUGAUCGACAGUAAUUUCAUUUACUACACACGUAGGCCUCUCUCACUUUCAUCCGUCGGAUCGUAAAUAUUGAAAAAGCGAGCGACGCGAUCGGUUUGGUUUUUUGCUUUUCAGCUAUUAAUACAGCAGGAAACCACAUAGAGUUCGCUGGCUCGAGGAAGGCACAUCAUAAGUAGGAUGCGACGUUGAGUACGGGAGUAAAAAAUUUAGAAGGAAUCGGAAAUGAUAUCUAGAAAUGGUAGUAACAUAACAUGGGAAUUAGUAAACGCUCGCGCUGAAUUGGAAGAGACGAGAAAUAGAACCUCCUUCUUCUUCUCUCCCGUUAUUCCUCUUUUUAUUUUAUUCAUUUGUAAUCGUACUCGUCGUAGUAGAAAUAAUCAACCAACCACACUUAACUUGAUCAUCAUCCUCCAGUUUUAAAGAAACUUGAUCUUGCUGGAUGUUUGGGCGUUUUCUCGAUUGCGAUCAUUCAUGAAAUGCCUAAUGGGUUGACCCGAGAGGGGCAAACACGGAAAGGCAAAUAUUAGUAGUAGCGGAAAGAGGAGAAGAAUGAGGUGGCACCCCGAACUGCCGUGCGGUAUCGUAACAGUAACUACACAGCCCGGUCACGACAUCUCAAGCAACAGUAGCUGAUCAGCUGAUCCGCUGCUAAGCUGGUGCGCUGUGCUGCGUUGUAAUAGUUUUCUUAAUCAUUCAGGGUGAACGUAAAGCCAGCCAGCUAGAGGAGUUCACAUCUAAAAAAAUGUAUUUUUACGGGAAAACGAAAAACAAAACUCGAGAUAUAAGAAAUGGGUGAAAAUAAAUCACACAAAA